AUGCUCAGUCUGCAAAUACCAUCUAUACCCAUGCCGACGGCAUUCCGCCACCUUCAGGGAAGACAAACUUGCCGCGUCUACAACGCCGGUGCAAAGACUAACUUGGAGCCUAAAAAUGUAUCUCGAAGACACUUCGGCGGUGCAAUCUCCCUCGCCGGGACAAUAUUUAGUCUAACUGCCGACCCUACUGUACAGCCCGCCAGUGCGGUGAUGGGUAUGACUGCCGGACGAGUACCAGGCUUAUCGCCUGCGAAUGCCGAUGGCGUCCGUCAUUACACCCGUCCGGAGGGCAAAUCUGGUGGUCACGGGGUGGGUUGGACUGAGAUUACACCAUAUUCCUUCGACGUUUACGACGGUUGGGAAGAAGUUCCUGUUUCAAUUGCUGACCCUGGUGGAACAGAAAUCGACGCAAGGUUCAGUUCAGAACAAGAUGGCGGUUUGAAAGUUGUCCUGGCGCCUGUGCUAAGAUUUGCAAACAUUGAUGAAGGACUGAACCCGACGAUCGAGGAACUUAUUCCACUCGAGCGUUUCAUGGCCGGGUUCGGUCCAGAGCUGACACAAAGCCCGGUUGAAGAGGUAGAUAUCAUCGAUAAAUUUGUUGAGAAGCGAGGGGUGCUAACAUAUUACAAUUUUGAGCUCCGCGAUCACACGCUAGUCGCGGCGACAGUCUGGAAGAAAAGGGUGUUCAUAAUUUGCAUCAAAGCUUCAGCUCGACAGUGGCGCAACAGUGCUGAAAAGCUUAGAAACACUAUGAAGUCAUUUAAUAUUUUGACAGAGCUUGCAUAA